AUGCUAGAGAAAAUACGGCAGGGAUUCGGAUAUCACCAUCUUAGAAUCAGCGAUCCUGUUAGUUCCGCCAUCUUUUUCCACCGGGAGAUUAAGGCGUUUCUUAAGCAUUACGUUCGAAUGGGAGAGCCAUCAGUGUUCGGCAAGGUGUCCAAGUACUACGCAACUAUAGAAACUAAUAAAUGGGGAGCGUUAUAUCUUCACGGGCUGAUGUGGCUCCACGGUAAUACUUACCUGCCCACGUUGCUCGAGGAUGCUUACAGGGAGGAAGAGGAAGAGUAUCAGCGCAAGAUUUAUAAAUGCAUUGACGACGUCUUUUACGAAGUAGGUGCAAAGUACGCCGGGGCACAAUAA